AUGUCCACUUCAACUUCAACAUCCACAACGACCGACCCCCCACCACCCGACUACGUACCCUCACAACCGCAAAUCCUCAUCACUCCUCUACCUGAUUCGGCGAGCUUCUUCUGGGGUAAGACCAUCCAAGGGGAAAUAUAUGUGAAAGGUCUGGGUGAAGGGUCGGGCAACCGGACUGGAAUAGUGAAGAGCUUAUCCGUGCAAUUAUCAUUAACGAAUCAUCUACCCAACCAUCCAACUAUCCAUCUUCAUGAAUUUCCCAUUCAGACAUUAUAUACACCAUCAACCCCAAUAUCAAAUGUAUCAUCUUCAACCAUCCCCUCGGAUGGUACUAUACCAUUCUCUACUUCACAUCGAUUCUCAAUCCAACUUCCAACUUCUCUCGCCUCCUCUCUAUCAGAACCAUUACCAGGUACGUUAAACCUCACAUCUUACGAGAAGGGUGAAAUCCGUUAUACCCUCUCUGUGAAAUUGGUUUUACCCAACGAUCAAGUGGUAAUCGAAGAGAUGAAGAUCGAAGGUACACCUCAAGAAGUAUCAUGUCAGGGUGCAGCUGCACCUCAAGAGGAGGAGGAGCUCGAAGAGGUUGAGGAGAGAUUGGAGAAAGAUGGAGUAUUAGCUAGGUUACUUAUCGAUCAAGCUCGACCUAGAUUAGGUGAUUUGUUAAGAUUGGGUUUGGAGAUCAGACCAGCAGAGAGGAAGAAGACUGGUGUGAUUGGUUUGGCUAAACAAUCAGAUCCAAUCGAAACUCUCAGACCACUCAGAAGGGUCAGAGUAGAGUUAUUUAGAAAAGUUAUCAUUCAUUCGACUCAACCUAAUCAUAUCGCUUCUUCAUCAACCUCUAGCAGCACUAUUGGUCAAGAAGUCGAACAUCUUACUUUACUUCAUGCGACAGGUAAAUCAUUACGAUAUCCGGGUUCAGGUCCAGGUCGACAUUAUCCACCUCUCAGAGUAUUAUUCACCAUCCCUACUGCCCAGCUCGGUGUGGUCGCGGAGCAAACCUGGGGAGAGAUAACUUCAAAUGUACCAUAUCAUGAUAUAACCUUCUUUAUCAGAGUGACGAUAGGGUUCGGAGACGUCUCACCAACUGGUACAAGUAAUAAAGAUUGGACACUGAGGAGGAGUAUAACCAUCAGACCUAAGAAAUGGAAAGAACCUAGGGAGAUCGUAGUGGACCGAGGUCUGAUACCCGAUUUAGGAAAUGGUAAUGAUUCACCUUUACUCGGGCAAGAUACUGAAGCUGGAACGAGUCAGGUCAGAAGAGCUUCCCGGUCUGGAUCAGGCUCGGGGACAUGGACAGAAGAAGAUUUUAGGAAAGAAGCAUAUCGACAGAAAGGUAGAGAUGUAGUAGGUGAUUCUGGAACAUUUAGAUACACCGAUACCGAUACCGACACCGACACUGCACAUAACGAUCUACCACCCCCGUUCGAGGUUGAGACACAGACUCGAGCUGGUCCAUCAAAUUCAUCUAGCAGUGGACCAGGGGAAUUACCUAGUUUCCUCGAAUCUGAAGAGCAAGCUAGAACGGGUGAAAUCCCCACUUUAAAUCAGACCGUAAGAUCGGAAAGGUUGGUUCCGGUGAAUUUCAAUCAGGAUGAUCAAGUCGUGGUCAUACCGGAAGAAGUCGAGAUUCAAGGUCAUCAUGAGGGAACAACAGGGGAAGAAGGAUUCGAAAGGAAUACUUGGGUGGGAAGGAGAGGUAGUUUGGGGGGCGAGUUGGGGACAUGGGUAGAGUACGACGGAUACGAGACUUUUUCUGUCGCACCUCCAUCUAUGGACGCAUCGUACGGUGCGGGAGGAGCUAUGGAUCCACCGCAGGAAGGCGACGAAAACAGCGUGAAUGUCGUUGGAGGGAUGGUAGCCAGAUUAGGGUUGGAGGGUGAAGGGGCUCGAAUGCAAGGUCUCGAGUUGAUGGAGCAUCUAGGGCUGGGCGAGGGGACUCGAAUUGUUGAUCUACAGGACGACUUGCCCCCGGGAAUAGACGAACCUUCGUUACCUGCUUUACCCGAUUUCCAUUCCCAUGUCCAUGUUCAUGCUCAUGGACAUACACAUGAUGAUGAUGCACAUUCACCUCCUCCACCCCCUGCUCACGCGCCAUAUAUAUCCCCACCAGCUCAUUCCCACAGUCUACCACCGGCUCAUGAUCCUCCUUCCUUUGAUGCCAGUCAGGCUGCCAAUGCUGUAGGAGUAGCAGCCACCUCCCAUAUCAGGUCUCAGACUGGACCUAACGUUCCCGUGGGAGUAGGAGGUAGAAGACCAAGUAGACAUGCUAUAGAUGAUGCUGUUGGUGUAGGGCAUGUGAGUACUCAGGGAGAUGCUCCGCCAGGAUAUGAGAGAGCAGGUGGGGAAGGUGGAUUACCUCCUUAUAGCUGA